AUGGUUGAUUCGGCACCGAAUGCUUCGAUGGGACAGUGGAGUUCACAGUCUUCAAUGCAGUCGCAUUAUGAGGCGAUCAGUAGAUUGGUCGAACUAAAGAUACUCAUCAAACAGAAUGAACAGAUAGUUCAUCUAAACAGACGAUUCCAAGAUAACAUCAGACGUUCAAUGGCCGACAUGAAGAAUGUUGUAUUGAAUGCAAGCAAGUCUACCGAUGCAAAGACAAACAUGUCUGUUGAGGAUCUUGACAAAUACUCAAAGGAGCAAUGGGAGAAGGUGCUGUACUUCCUGUCAGAAGACAAUAGCUCCGCCACAACAGACCUGAUAUCUGAGUUACUAGUGUCCUCCAACUUGACUAAAGUUGUCAAUGGAGAGAUAUCAAUCACAAGCGAGGGAUUCAAGUUCCUGCUCAAAGACGUCUACACUCAGAUAUGGACGCUAAUCAUUGUAUAUUUAGACACACUCAAUUCAAGAGGAAAGUCGAGGAAAGAGGCAUUGACAUUCCUAUUCAAACUCAGUUUCCUGACAUUGGGCAAGGGAUACCAUGUUGGUGAACUGACUAAAGAUCAAAUCAACCUGUUGAUGGACCUGAAGCAGUUUGGUUUGGUCUUCAUCAGAUCAGAGCGAUCAGAUAUAUUCUAUCCGACAAGAUUGGUUAUAUCACUGACAACUGGAAAGACUGUAACGGUGAUGAAUGAUGUAUCACAACAAGAGUUGACAAUCAGUCAGAAGGAGAUGGGUUACAUCAUUCUAGAGACGAACUUUAGAGUGUACGCCUAUACCACCUCAUCACUUCAAAUCUCACUGCUCAGUCUCUUUGUAAAGAUGCUCUAUCGUCUGCCCAACCUAUCAGUUGGUAUCCUAACACGUGAGAGUAUACGUACUGCACUCCUACAUGGUAUCACUGCUGAUCAGAUCAUCGAGUUCAUCAGACAGAAUGGACAUCCAAACAUGUUGAAGAAUGGAUAUCCAGAGAUUGUGUUUGAACAGAUCAAGAUAUGGGAGGACGAGAGAAACAGAAUAUCAUAUCGCAAGGCUGUGAUGUUUGAUUCAUUCCCAACAUUGGAGUCAUUCAAUCAUACACUGAACUAUGCUCGAGACAACAACUACUUCAUGUGGUCCAAUCACGAGAGCCGCAUGUUGGUGGCCAGCGACGAUGGAUUGGACAACAUCAAGAACUUCAUUCGACAGAACUUUGCUUAA